AUGAAUCAGAUUGCUGUCAAUACUGCAGCCGGUGGAUGCUUCAUGGACAAGUCAUUUGUCAACAUCACUAAUUUGCUCGAUAAGCUCACCACCCACAAUCAAGCAUGGAAUUCAAAUGAUACCGAGAGUUUGCCUUACGGUAGUCCCUCACUAGCCGCUGUUGCAAAGGAGAACCAUGAGAGAGAUCAUGCCUUUGCUCAAUUGCAAACUACGGUGGAUAUAUUAUCAAAGAAAUUGGCAGAGAAGGAUGCAAAGGGUGUAAAUGUUGUUGAAGAGAUGCCACCUACACCACCAUGGAUGUAUCAAGUCCCUGAGGGGAUGUACCAAAAGAGGCAACAACAUUAUAAAGAUGCCAAUUAUGUCAACAACUCCAAAAGGGGUUAUCAGAGGCAAAACUAUCAAGCUGCCAUCCAGAAGCUUGAAUUACAAUUUAGAUACCUUUUAAGAGAAGUGCAUACUCCUCAAUAUGGACAAAUACCAAGUGAUACAAUUCCAAAUUCGAAAGGUAGCGGGGUAAACUCUUUGGAGCAUAUAGCUGCUAUUAGCACCCGAAGUGGAAAAAUACUCCAAGGUGCUGAUAAAAAGGUGAUUGAUCUUGAGCCGAUUGUUGAAGAAGAGGCACAACCUAAUGUGUCUGAUGUUAUUGUGGAAGAUGAAACAGAGGGGGAAAUCCCUAUUAUAGCUAAAGAGGAGCAGAGUCUUGAGAAUCCUAAGGCACAAGGAGGGAAAAAUGAAAAGGGGAAGGCAAAACUUUCUGGAGCUCUUCGCCCUUUGACUCAAUUGUUUAAAUCUUCACCGCCUUUUCCUCAAAGGUUAGUGAGGAAAACAGAGGAUGAAAAGUGCUUGCGAUUUUAUGAUCAACUCAAGCAAUUGACUAUGAACAUUCCCUUCAUGGAUGUUGUCCAAGAGAUGCCUGGGUUUGCUAAAUAUUUGAAGGAUCUCUUAACAAAGAAGAAGAAGCCAUUGAAACACGACACUGUGGGUAUCACUCAUCGUGUCAGUGCUAUUAUUUCCAAGACCACGGUGUAG